GUUUCAGCUCCCAGAAUGACUGUCAGAAUGAUUUCACCACUGGGGUCCUGAACCAGGCCCUUAAUCCCCAAAUAAUCCAGGGACUGUCUGAUCCGGCUCUUUCAAAAUAUGUAUGUAACUUUGGAUAAAACCAUCUGCUAAGGAGGUUAAAUGUAAAUGACUUCUGGGUUAUUAUUGUUUCUUAUGCUGUUUACAACAAAUCCACAGCUCCCACCUAUGACGAUGGAAUAAAUGCUACCUGGAAAUUCACCUUGAUUAAAAAAAAUAUGAAUUGGUCUGAUGCUCAGAGCUACUGCAGACAGAGUUACACAGACCUGGCCACUGUGAGGAAUCAAGAAGAUAAUGACUUGAUACAUAAAAUUAUUCCAAGUCGCACUCAGGCAUGGAUUGGUAUGUUCCAGGACACAUGGGGAUGGUCAGACCUGUCAAACUCCUCAUUCCGUAACUGGAAAAAUGGCCAAAAUUAUUAUGUGAAUAACGCAUGUGCUUUAGCUCAGGUCACCUGGCCUGGGACAUGGGAUGUGACACCAUGUGAUGAAAAGCAUCCAUUCAUAUGCUAUGAUGAAAACCUGAUCUUGGUAAAUAGUAACAUGACCUGGAACAAAGCCCUGAAUUACUGCAGAACGCACCAUUCGGACCUGGUGUCUGUCCACAAUGAGGAGAUCCAGUACUGGGUCAGUCGGUUGGCUGAGGAUGCCUCCACUGAUCAUGUCUGGCUGGGGCUGCGCUUCUCCUGCUACCUGAACUUCUGGUUCUGGGUCAGUGCAGAAAAUUUCAGCUACCAGAACUGGGCCCCAAACAACAUAUCCAAGAGUAACUUGUGUGGAACCACAGGGGCAGUACAAUCUAAAGACCCACAUUACUGGGUCAGCCUGCCUGAGACUAAGGAGCUCAACUUCAUCUGCUCCAAAUAUCCAAGAAAGAGAACAGUGGUGAGACUGACUGUCAGUACUGAUGGAGACAUAAAGGAUCCUGCAUUCAGCAGCCAUCUGUUAACACAGCUAAAGGCAAAACUGAUCAGCACAGGCAUGUCAGAAGAAACCAAACUAUACUGGAGGACUCAACCUGAUGGCCAAAUCUUCCAUCUAAAGGACUAAAGAGCAUAAAUGACAAGAUAACGGGUUUGCAACAUCUAGUUAUUGAAGUUGUAAGUAAAUACAUCUUCAGUAUUGUUGUAAUUAUUAUUCCACUGUGAGUACUUUGUGUAACAUAGUGUAACAUACAAUAUAAAAUUGUAUUACAUACAUUUAGCAGAUGCCUUUAUCAAAAGAGUCAUACAGCAAAGUGGGAAUUCAUACAGCUUCUGUCUACAUUAUGUAAUAAGCAACUGUUACGCUCCAGUCUAUGGUUGGAGCCUAACAAAGUGAAAGGGAAGGAGGAAUUGGGAAGGACAAGACAACCAGGGAUAGGAGAAGGGAACACGGGACACAAAGGGAGUCUUUUCAUAGUUUUUAAUAGUUUUUCACAGACACUGUACAAACACUAGGUGUAUCGAACGUCAGGAGUGACAAAGGCUAAAGAAACAAACAAAAACACAUCUACCGAAUACAACCCCAAGCUAAGCUAAUCCUAAGUGAACACAAAAAGGGGAAAACGAAACAACAAUGCCUAAGCCUAACUCUCUAACCAAACAAACAGCAAUCCCACGUUUACGAAUAAACAAAAAGGCAGACAAUCCUAGUGAAGGUAUCCAGAGGGGAGAUCAAAGAGGUGUAGUCGAAGUACAGGCGAAAGUUCAAAAACCAUGCAAGAAGUCAAAACCAGGGCAAAGGUACAAAAAGGGAUGAGGAGAGAAUCAAAAACCAGGAACAAAACAGUCAUACACGAGCAAUCAUACAAAGGUAAAGCGAACGAAGAGCGAGCUAACAGGUGAGAAGCGAGCAGCCCGGAGAGCCUGUAGGGCAUCCUCCAGAACUUAUGGCACGUAACACUUACAGUACGGCACAUACCCGAAACUUACGGCACGUAUCUCCCUUAUAGCACGUAACACAAUCGGUUUAUAGGAGAGGUAACAGAAUGGUUUAU